AUUGGGUGUUUUCUGAUUUGAAUUCGUGAAACUCAAUUAUAAUGGGACGUAACAGCAGAUCGCGUUCAAGAGACAGCCACCGCUCGAGUCGUAGCCAUCGUCACCGAUCGCAUAGCUAUGACAGCAGACGAUCUUCCGACCGUCAUAGUCGACGCCAUUCGAGGUCUCCGAGUCGUUCGCACGGCGACCGUAGUGGCACAAACAAGAAGAAAGGAUUAUUCGAUCAAAAGCCCGAGGGCAUUCCGGAAGCUCUGCUGACCGCAACCGGCACAAUCGGCGUUUUAGCCAACACUCUGAACGCCAAAACGGCCGAAUCCAAAUCAAUUCUGCGUCUCUUCAUCACAAAUCUCCCCACCGAAUAUCAAGACAUGAAGCUCAAAGACUUCCUCGUGGACGUGAUCCUCAAGUGUGUGGACCAGCCGGUCCCCCAGCCCCCCAUCACCUCGCUGAUCGCCUACAAAGACCAAGGCUACGCCAUCGUGGAGUUCGCCACGCCCGAGCUGGCCACAGCCUGCCUUGCUCUCGACGGCCUGCCCUACGAGGGCAUCAGCAUCGGCGUGGUGCGUCCGCCGACCUUCAACCCGGCCGACGUCCCCAUGCCUUCCGGCCGGCCUCCGCGGCUCCAGCUGGACAAGAUCGGGUUCACGCCCAAGCUAGGCGCGCGAGCGAUCGCGGACGCGAUGGCGCAGGGCGACAACGAGGCCAAUUGCAAGUGGACGAGGAGCAGAUCAAGCCGAUCUUUGCGUCGUUCGGCGAGGUGA